GCGGAGGACUGUGGCUUGGCUCUGUUGGGUGGCAGACAUCUUGGGGAGACCGAGGCACGCAAACAGAAGCCAGUGGGGCUAGUGAUGGGACCCUGGGAAUAGUGCCCAGGUGCCUAGGUGCAGGCAUAGGACCAGGUCCAGAUUUGGGGAUCAGGAAGACCCUGAUGCAUCAAGGGCCCAAGAAGAGCUGGGUCUGGGGGCGGGAAAGGGCAGGGCUGGGCUACCACUGCCUAGCCUUGACCUGGGGGGUCCUGCAAGUAGGUCAGACAGGCUGGGCAGAGGAAGUCAGGAGGUGCUAGCCCUGUCCCAGUUAGCUGACCCUGGCCACUGGCACCCAGUCCCUGCCAAUCCUUCUCCCCAUAUUUGUUUUCCUCCUACCCCAUUCCCCACACAACUCUGCUCCCUGCUCUUCCUUCUCAGACCCCCACCCAGGAUCCCAGGAGGGCUGAGAGGGCUCACUCUCCCAGCCUACUGGCAAUUAAGGGGGUAGAUACCAAGCCUACCUGAGGAGAAGGAGGUGCCCUGAGAUCAGCCUCAAACCAGGACCCCUCAACCCUGCUCCCCCUAAGAGACCAGAGGUCGACAGGCUGUGGGGAGGGGCGAGGGGAGAGCAGGAACUCAGAGGAAUACCUCUUUCUCUCCUCCCGUGCCAGUCACCAUUCCUGUCUCUUGAGCCUCCUCCAGGUCCCCUCCCAUGCCCGCCUCUGAGUCCCUGAGUAGAAGCCCCAUGUGCCAAAUGCCAGAUGGGCACAGAGGGUGCCCUGAGCAUGUAGCCAGGGAGUCCCCUCACAUCCCUGGCUGCUAAGCUCCACGUGAAGCCACCAGUCUAUCCUGCCCCCUCAGGAAGCAGCAGCAGAACCUGGGCUGAGGGCCCCAGUGGGCCUCUGGGGCCUGCGGCAGCUCACAUUGCAACCUCAUGAAUAACGCAGGGCCUCCCAGCUGCCUGCGUCUCUGAGGAACCCGUGUCCCCUGCACCGACCGCCUCCACUGCUUUAAACUUUCAUAGGCCAAGGCCCAGUGGCAGCGGAGCCAGCUCCAGGUGGCCUGAGCCCCAUGUCCUGGGCAGGGGAGCUCAGGCAAAGCUCUCCUGAGAGGAAGGUAACAGGGGGGACCUGGUGGGCCAGGCCUGGCUCUCCAGGACGUUGACAGUCAAGGCAGGAGGUGAUCAGGCCAGAGUCUCAAGAGUGGCCUCCAGAUUCCGGGCCUUCACGGUAGGAGGAGUAGGCUGGUGUGACCUGGCAGGGAUCCUAGGUCAAGGCGCGGCUGGGGGCCCCUAGGAGAGUUGUGGGAUAGGGUUACCAGGGCUGAAUCCUCCUGUCCAAUUCCCACUCUGAAGGGGGAGCACCCACAAAGACACAUCCAAGAGGACCGAGACUUCCAGGGCUUUCCUGGGGACAGGCCCCACUGGCUGCAGACAGUACCUGAGUAGGCCUGCAUGGACAUCCCCAUCAGCAGCAGAGACUUCCGCUGCCUACAGCUGGCCUGCGUGGGCCUCGGCCUGGUGGCCGGCAGCAUCAUCAUCGGCGUGUCUGUGUCCAAAGCUGCAGCUGCCGUGGGUGGCAUCUUUAUUGGCGCCGCCGGUCUGGGGCUUCUCAUCUUGGCCUACCCAUUCCUCAAGGCUCGGUUCAGCCUGGACCACAUUCUGCCUACCAUAGGGAGCCUGAGAAUCCACCCCCACCCAGGGCCAGACCAUGGCGAGGGAAGAUCCAGUGCCAAUGGCAAUAAAGAGGGAGCCCGCAGCAGCCUGUCCACGGUGAGCAGAACACUGGAAAAGCUGAAGCCAGGGGGGCGGGGGACUGGGGAGGGCUGAGGCAGGGGCUGAGGGUCUACACCCUGCCCUCCCCUCCUCCCUCCCUCCCUCCGUGCCUGCCUGCCAGCUACCCGGCUCUCACAGCCCUUCUGGAUCCAAACCAGAGAUAAACCAGGCUCUGGAGACACCAGCCCCACAUUCGCCUGGGCAAAGCUCUUGCAGAUGGAUUCCAUGCAGCCCACCGGCAGGGCCUGAAGCGAGGCACUGCUGAACGUUCUACAGAAGGCCCUUGUGUCAGGCUUUUGCCCUGGAUUUUCUCUCUGGACUGCAGCUCAGCAACCUCCCCUUUUGUGAUCUACUGACUAGUUUCUCUGGAAUUUGGGCCCAGAAAUCCCUCAGUCCCUUGCUCCAGGCUGGCCACAGAAAUGAAUCACACACCCACAGCAACCACAGAUGGGAUCCCUCAGCCCUUAAGGCCUGGCCCUGGGCCUAUAGAGCUCACUGGCUAGAUAGAGGGUCUGGACCAGAUUCUUUCAGGUUCUCAAAAACUCUGGGCAACUCCUCAGGGACAGGCUCUUGGCAGCAGCAAAGCAGAUAGGAGCAUGGCCUGGACAAACAAAAUGGUCACCGCUAUGACACAGAGUCUCAGUGAGGCACCAACCUAGAGGCUUCCAGGAGGCAAUGGCUCCUGGGCUGAGUCCUGACCUGACACUUGUAUGUGACUCCAUCCUUCAGCGCUUUUGGUGAUCUAACUCCAGGCAAGACCUCCAGCCUUCUGGCUUGUCCCCCACCCUCUCACGGCUCCUGAACAAUCUCAAACACUCCAGCCUCCAAGCUUUGUCUUGUGUUCUGGAGGCCUCCCAUUCCUAUCAAAAGCCCCCACCUCCCGGGUCUGGGUUGCUCAAUUAAGUGUCUGCCUUCAGCUCAGGUCAUGAUCCCAGGGUUCCAGGAUUGAGUCCCACAUCAGGCUCCUUGAUCAGCAGGGAGCCUGCUUGUCCCUUUGCCUGCAGCUCCCCGUGCUUGUGCUCUCUCUCUCUCCCUCUCUG